UCUUUACACCCCACCUCGCCUCCAUCCUCAUCGGCGGGACCGUGCCCCUGGCGGGUCCAGCCUCCCUCCCCUCGUGGGGCUGGUGAUCCGAGCGCGACACGUAGCGGGCGCAUCCUGACUCAGUCUUCCCGCCGCCAUCGGGUUCGCAGCGCCCGGGGGCGCGAGCGUGGGGACAGGUACCCGACAGCGCGUGGGAAAGAGUUCGGCUGUGCCGAUGUGCUGGGUGACCUUUGGCCUUUUGCAAAUUCACCCUGCGGAGGCUCAGUUUCCAUAGCUGUAUAAUGGGCAUGGUAAUGGAAAGCACUUCGGGGGGUGGUUGGGUAUUAAAAGAUAACGAGAAGCAAGGGGCAGCGACAGCGUGGCUGUCAUUUAGCAAUCGCGCAAUGAAUGUUAGUUAUCCUUGGGAAUGGUGGCGGCCCCCUCCAGGCCCCGGAACGGGGUGGCCGCCCCGCCCCCAUCACCUGAGCCCUCCGUCCCUGCCCCCAGCCCCGGCAUUGGACUCGGCGGCCGCCGGGGACCUGACGGACGCGCUGUGCGAGUUUGACGCGGUGCUGGCCGAUUUCGCGUCGCCCUUCCACGAGCGCCACUUCCACUACGAGGAGCACCUGGAGCGCAUGAAGCGGCGGAGCAGCGCCAGCGUCAGCGACAGCAGCGGCUUCAGCGACUCCGAGAGUGCAGAUUCACUUUAUAGGAACAGCUUCAACUUCAGUGAUGAGAAACUGAAUUCUCCAACAGACUCUCCUGCAGCUCUGCUCUCUCCCCCUGUCACUCCUCGGAGAGCCAAACUAGGAGACACAAAAGAACUAGAAGACUUUAUUGCUGAUCUUGACAGAACGUUAGCAAGUAUGUGAAACAAGGAAAGUUCUGGGUCCUUUCAUCAUAAGAGGGAAGCUUCAGAAAGCUCUGAGGACCUGGUAAAAUCAGCUAUAGAAUUUGCUGCCAGAGGAGACAGAGAUGAGCACUCACCUACCACCAGGCCAUACUCAGGCUCACCCUAAAACCAGCCUUUGGACUCAUCUCUGAGCAAUUUAGACAGUGAAACUGACUUUGUUUACCUGCUUGCAGUGUAUUAGAACAGACAACCCAUGCUAAUAUUGUAUUUUCUCUUAAAACAUAGCUUUCCUGUAAUUUAAAGUGCUUUCGUGAAAAUAUUUGUAAUUAAUUAUAUAUAGUUGGAAACAGUAAUGUGCUUUUACCAUUAUAAUAUAUUUUUGUAUGCAAAUAAAAUUUGAACUGGA